AAUGUUUACAUACACUUUCCAAACUGCAGUUAGCUUUCUUAAUUACGCCUGCUUUAAGAUGCUCAAAUAUUAAGCAGUUACAAGACUUGUAGAAUAUAGAUUUUUUACGUCUCACAAUAAACUGAACAUUUUGCAUAUAUAAAAGGCGGAAAUUCGCACGCAUGCACUUAAAACAUUUUCCCUUAAAAGAGCAUUUCGUAGUCGAUAUAGUAAGCUGUCGUUAUUAAGACAAAGGCGCCCCACUUAUUCGUCUACUGGGCUCGUCAAUGUUUUGGUUUGGGUCCACGGGGAUUAGUCACUUGAACAUUUGCAAGCGUAAUACAAUCGUCACAGACACGAUAAAUAAAAUAAAUAAAUUGAUAUUAACGGCAAAUUCGUAUUAUACAGCUGCCAAUUAAUAUUUUCUUGUGGUCCCAUUUACAAUGCACGCUGUGAUGGCUAAACGUCUACUGCCGCACCAGCCGUCUACGGAUGGUCCACAUCCGGACGACGAGCCCGAUAGUCCAGCCAUUGAGGCGGCCGCUUUGGACAUACCCCCGCAGACUGUUGACCCGACGGGCCAGAAAGCGUUCUGGGAAAGCUAUAAUCCAGCUAAAAAGUUUCGUCCCACUGCUGAUGGCAACCCGGAACUACGUUUUGAAAUUCUGCUGGCCCACAUAAUGCCACGCGAGAUUGACGAUGUGAAAGUCAAGCGUUUCGUCGUUUACGAGCUAACUGUGCGCCAGGACUCCAGCACCAUGGAUGAGCAGCCUGCUAAGAUUGACCGCCGCUACACAGAUUUUCGUGAUCUUUACCAGUGCCUUAAGCGAGAGCUGCCCAACGAGCUGGCCAACAUGAACUUCCCCAGCAAAGUGCUCAUGGGCAACUUCUCAGCGGAACUGAUUGCCGAGCGCAGUGCUGCAUUUGAAACAUUUCUGACGCACAUAGCUAGUAAAACUAAGCUGCGAGAUUCGGAUGCAUUUCUACGUUUUUUGCAGCACGACGAACUGACCCGGGCGUGUCAGUAUCUGGAUGAGCGACGCAACGAGAUGGCCAUACCCAUACUCGAGAACUGUUUUCGUCUGUUGAACAAGAUCUUCAUGAAUCGGUCGCGGCCCGUGCUGCUAAUACUCUGUCGCUUGGUUGCUGCCUGCACCGCAUCACCGGUGCCCCAUCACUCAGCAGAGCGUUGGGCUCUACUGGCACUCAGUCGCUUCGACACGCUCUGUGACAUUGAUUUACUGCCGCUCUAUAUACCCCUGCUGCACACAUGUGCACACUUGUGGUGGCAACGGGGUCAGGAUCAGAAACCCAUAACGGAUCGCUUGACGGAAAUGUCCAAGCAGGGCAUUAAUACAGCUAAUAUCACCAGUCUUAUGCAGGCUAUUCACAAGCUGGAUCCCCGCACAGAAACCAUCUAAACGCACAAUGUAGAUAAUACUCAUAGACACACACCCUCGAGCCGUAGUGCUAAGCUAAAAGUGCAAUUAGUAACAAUUAUCGUGCAAUUAGUAUUAAUGUAUGUCAUAUUUCUAUUUACAUUGUAUCACGUCCCUUCCACAAUUUUUGAUAGUCACUAUUUUGUUUUGUGUUGCAUGUACGUUAUACUUCUAUGUCUAAUAUCUAAGUUCUGUUGCGUAGCUUCCCCUUUAACGUGAUUGUAACUGUAUCGAAUGCUAAAAGUAAACCCACUGAACACGAAUGAAAUUAUCUAAAAUUCACAUUCCUGUAAUAUCAAUCAAUCUAUUAUCGAAUUACUGAAUUGUAUUAAGAACGAAAUUAUCAAAUAUAUUAUAGGAAUUAUAGUCUGA